GCCGCUCAUCCCUGCAUCCUUGGGUACCACUCAUCCCCAUGUCCUCAAGCACAGACGAUCCCUAGCCAGGGAACCUGUCCCCACUCGGGGAAGAUACAUUUCAGCUCGGUGGUAAGUUUUGGGGCACAUUUAGCGUGAAGCUCGGGUGGCAGGGACGCCCCGUCGGUCACCCCGCUGGGAGAGGCCGGGGUAGGACGUGGGGCUGCCGGGCCGCCGAGGCCGAACCUGGCCCGCUGCCCGGUCCCGCACCGCCGCCGUCCCAUUAGCCCGUGAACCACCGCCAAAUGGCCUCAUUAAUUUUUCAUCAAGGAUAAAACCCGGCUCGGCGCAGAUAAAACCCGGCUCUGCCGGCGGGAGGGGCAUGGGGUGCCAGCCCGCACCCGCGGCCACGGGAAAAGGCACCGGCUCCGCAGAAGGUUCGCUCCGGGUCCGGAGACGGGUUGCGCGGAGGAUGGCGGGCGGCCGGGGACCGGCUCCGUGCGGCCGGGACGGCUGCGGGGGACCGGGGACCGGGACCGGGGUCAGGACCGGGAGGGCGGUGGGUCGUUCCUGGCUUCCGCGGGCACGGUGGCUGGCGCGGAGACUGGCGGCCUUGCUGGUUCUCCUGGCUCUGGUGGCCGCCGGCUGCGUCCUCCGCCGCCGAGCCUGCCCCGCGUCCCGCCGAAGACCCCUGCCCGCCCGCCGACGACCCCUGCCCGCUCCCGGUGCCGCCGCUCCGCCGCCGGGGGCCGGGGGUCCCGCCGACGAGCCGGGACCGGAGCUGGAGCUGCCGCCGCUGCCCCGCUACGAGGAGGUGAAGCAUCUGCCCAGUUACGAGGAGGCUCAGGGCUGUCCCCGCCGUUCCCCCCCCCGGGGACGGGGGGGUCUGCGGCUGAACCCCUCUCCCGCUGCGCACCCGCGGAUGGGGCGCCGGGGACGGGGGUGGGGGGGAGAUGGGCCGCCGGACGGGAUGCCGGGGAUCCCGGGGAGACGGGAUGGCGGACACCCCCAGAGGGACGGGCAGCGGUCCCCAGGAGGGAUGCGAGGCCAGACACGGAGGUCUUUCGGAGGGACAGAGCGGCAUUGCCUGGAGGGACGUUGGGGACCCCCGGGGGAGAGGCCGUCCCCUGGGAAUAUUGUCCACCGGGGUCCACGGCGGGACGGCUCGCUGGACACCGGGCUCUGCAGAAGGGACGUGCAAGGUUCCCAGAGGGAAUGUCGCCGUGCCUGGGAAGCAGAUGGCUGGUGUUUCCUAGUGGGACAGCCUGCGGGACACUGGGGCUCCCCCGAGGGACACGCCGCAGUGCUGGAGGGACCUGCAGCCUGGGGAGCUCCUGGUUAA